UACCUUUCCUACCAACCUUGCAGCAAGCGUGUCACAGCUGUCAAAUUUGUGUACGCCAAAAUACGCAACUUCAUUGUACCGUCCGAGUCAUUUUGUUGUUUUAAUAAAAUAUUCACCAAAAAGCAUCAUGUCGGACAAGGAGAACAAGGAUAAACCUAAACUUGAUCUCGGUCUUCUGGAAGAAGACGAUGAAUUCGAGGAGUUUCCCGCCGAAGACUGGGCCGGUAACAAGGAGGACGAAGAAGAACUGAGCGUAUGGGAGGACAACUGGGACGACGAUAAUGUUGAGGACGAUUUCAACCAGCAACUACGAGCCCAACUCGAAAAGCAUAAGUGAUCAGUGUUCGGUCGUCUGUCUCGAUAACGCAGAAAAUCAAUAAAUGUUAAAUUAAAUCUCCAA